AUGGAAGGAUUAAACAGUUUUGAAAAAGAGUAUUGCAUCAAAGUAACAAAUGCAAUUUUUGAUAUGCCAAUAUCACAGGACUUCAGAGAGUUUGUUGAUGAUAAAAAUUCAGCCUAUUAUUCAAAAAUUAAAAAUCCAAUGUGCUUACGCGAAGUUUUGAGGAAAUUAACAGAAAAUAAAUAUGCAAAAGUUCAAGAUUGGAAAGAUGAUAUGAAUUUAAUUUGGCAAAACGCUUUUAAAUUCAAUAAAAAUAUUCAAGGUUGGGGAAAUCGCCAAAAAUUUAUUUACACUUUUGCUAAAGAGCUCUCUAACAGAUUUAAGGAAAUGUCAGAGAAUAUUCCUUCAACAAGAUUCCAAGAAUGGGUUUUAAAUUUAGAAGAAAAACAAAAGAAACUUUCGAGGAUCCUGAAUUUGCCACCAAAUGUAUAUAUUCCGCAUUACAUACCAGAACCGAAGCAAGCUAUUAGCCGUUCCAAAUCAAGCAAAAAUUUGUAA